CAUUGACACACAUUGCUUCCUGCUCCCGCAAAGGAAAUCAAUAGUACAAAAGUUUACAUUUUUAGCUCUACAUCUGCAGCACCGAUGCCGCUGACGUCACAGAACUCAAAAUGAUACACUGUAUCCGCGGCGCACUUUUCGCGCUUUUAUUUGUUACAUUGUUGCAGUCGGUCUGCAGCGACUUUCAGACUCUCGAGCAUCUGAGAGCGAAAGCCAGCGACAAAACCCAGUCCAGAGCUGUGGUGGAUCUGCUCAGGCGACUGCUGGGAAACAGAUCCCGUGAUUUCAUCGUGUCAGUCAACAGGACUCUGUCUAACGACACUUUGGACGUGUGUGAGCUGCGCUCCGCGAAGAACAACAAGAUCCUAGCGGUGGGCAGCACGGGGGUCGCGGUGGCCACCGGUAUAUACAACUAUCUCAAAUACUUCUGCAACUGUCAUGUGUCCUGGUCUGGAGAUCAGCUGAAUAUCCCCCAACCUCUGCCUCCUCUCACCGGAGUCCUGCGCAUCAACACACCGCACAGGUUCAGGUAUUAUCAGAACGUAUGUACCCAGAGUUACUCCUCCGUGUGGUGGGAUUGGCCGAGAUGGCAACGGGAGAUUGACUGGAUGGCACUGAAUGGCGUAAAUCUUCCUUUGGCGUUCACUGGACAGGAGGUGCUAUGGCAAGAGGUUUAUCUGUCUCUCGGUCUGAACCAGACUGAGCUGGAUCGCUUUUUCACAGGUCCAGCUUUCCUAGCGUGGAACCGCAUGGGAAACCUGUUUGAGUGGGGAGGACCACUUCCUCAGUCUUGGCAUGUCAAACAGCUUUACCUGCAGUUUAAAAUCUUGGAACGCAUGAGAUCUUUUGGGAUGAUCCCUGUAUUGCCUGCUUUUUCAGGAAUCGUACCUGAAGGUAUUACCAGGUUGUUCCCCCAAGCAAACGUGACCAAGCUGAGCCCCUGGAGCCAUUUUAACUGCACCUACUCCUGCGCCUACGUGCUUGACCCACGCGACCCUCUCUUUCAGCGAAUAGGUUCACUCUUUUUGACCCAAGUCAUUCAGGAGUUCGGAACGGACCACAUUUAUAACACAGACACCUUUAAUGAAAUGGUCCCAGCCUCUUCGGACCCCACUUACCUGGCGUCUAUCAGCCGAGCUGUUUUCAAUACCAUGACUUCAGUGGACCCUCAAGCAAUUUGGCUGAUGCAAGGCUGGCUAUUUAUUAGUGACCCUUCGUUCUGGAAACCAGACCAGGUCAAGGCCCUGUUACACGGCGUCCCCCUGGGGCGCAUGAUUGUCCUGGAUCUCUUUGCUGAAUCCAUGCCUGUCUACUCUUCCACAAACUCCUUCUACGGCCAGCCGUUUAUCUGGUGUAUGCUGCACAACUUUGGAGGGAACAGUGGUUUGUUUGGAACGGUGGAAAGCAUUAACUCCGGCCCCUUUGAUGCUAUUCGCUUUCCGAAUUCAACCCUAGUGGGACUAGGUAUGACUCCUGAAGGCAUUGAACAGAAUCCAGUCGUUUAUGAACUUAUGAGCGAACUGGCCUGGCGUAAAGAACCCGUUAACCUUUACAAGUGGGUGUCGCUGUACGCCUUGCGGCGCUACGGUAGUAUGGACGAGAACCUGACGGUGGCCUGGCAACUUUUGUUUCAUAGCGUGUAUAACUGCACUCUUCCGAAAUAUAAGAACCACAACAAGAGUCCAUUGGUACAUCGGCCGUCCCUACACAUGCAAACAGACAUCUGGUACGAACCGGCUGACUUUUACAAGGCGUGGAAGCUUCUGCUCGAAGCUGCGCCAGGGUUUGUGACUCAGGAAACCUUCCGGUACGAUCUUGUGGAUGUGACACGACAAGCGCUUCAGCUUCUUACAACGGAGUUCUACAAGGAAAUACAAAGUGCUUUCCAGGCCCAAAAGCUUCCUGACCUCCUGACUGCUGGUGGCGUGCUUGUCUACGAUCUCUUACCUGAACUGGACCGCCUCCUUUCCAGCAACGAACACUUUCUUUUGGGAGUCUGGCUUGAACAGGCUCAGUCUCAGGGUGUGGACGAGCACGAGGCGCAGCUGUACGAUAUCAACGCACGAAAUCAGAUCACCCUUUGGGGACCCGACGGGGAAAUCUUGGACUAUGCCAGCAAGGAGUGGGGUGGCCUUGUGGAAGACUAUUAUUUACAGCGCUGGGGCUUGUUUGUUAAUACGCUGGUGGAGUGUCUGGACAGAGGAAGACCUUUCAAACAGGACGUCUUCAAUCAGGCCGUGUUCCAGGUUGAGAAAGGGUUCGUCUACAAUCAAAGGAAAUAUCCGUCCAAGCCACUAGGGGACACGUAUGAGAUUGCGCGACGGAUCUUCCUCAAAUACUACCCGUAUGCUCUGAAAAGGCUAAAAUGAAGGGAACCUGUUUGAUCCAUCGAUCAUCAAACAUUUAGGGAUCAAGCUGAUGCAACAGCCAGCAAUGGUCAAAAACAGCUUGCAUGUUAUUUAUCUUCUAACUUUAACUUUAACUUUAAAAUAAUGCCCAAACUAUCAUGAGAGACUCCUUGUAGAAACUUCUAAAUGGUUUAUGUAUCAGAUACUGAGGUUUACUGUAUUGCAAAUGUGUUUUUGCGAAAAGCAAAAUGUUAUUUUCAAAAACAAAUUAUGUACAAGUAAAACAGUUGAAGUCAAAAGUUUGUAGAAUGUGCAAAAUGUUAAUUAUUUUACCAAAAUAAGACAAAAUGCAUGUUAGGACUGACCUGAAUAAGAUAUUUCACAUAAAAGACGUUUACAUAUAGUCCACAAGAGAAAAUAAUAGUUGAAUUUAUAAAAAUGACCCUGUUCAAAAGUUUACAUACACUUGAUUCUUAAUACUAUGUUGUUACCUGAAUGACCAACAGCUGUAUUUAGUUGUUAAUGAGUUAAACUGUCUGCUGUUCUUUAGAAAAAUCCUUCAGGUCCCACAAAUUCUGUGCUUUUUCAGCAUUUUUGCAGUGGUGGACAGUGCUUAAGUGCAUUUUUCAAGUAUCUGUAUUUUACUGGAGUAGUUUUAUUUUGAGUAUCUUUCACUUUUACUUCGCUACAUUCCAAAGCAAAAGAUCGUAGUUUUUAAUUAACUAAAUUUCAUAAAACGUAUCGUUACUCCUUAUAAUAUAUCACAUGCUCCGAGACGCAAAUGCGGUGUCUGAUUCAUUAACAAACUGAUUCUUUUCAACGAACCUGUUAAAUCGAUUCGCAAAUCUCACCAAACGAUUCACUGACGAAUUCGAAUGAUCCGAUUGCAGCUGUUCUCGAGUCAACAACUCACUGAUUCGAUCCGUUUAAAACGAGUCUCCAGUCAACUGAAUUCACAAGGAGAUCUUGUGAGCGCGCGCGACUGAAACUGCGAAAAGUAAGUUACUAAAGUCGAAUUUUACGAUUAAUUAAUGUAACUGAAAAUCAUAUUUAGGUAAAAACUGUCCAUUGUUGGUUAAUUAAAUCUACUGUAAAGAGUGAUCUGUUUAAGCCCACUGAAAUGCUUGAAGUCAGACGCAUCAACAUCAGUAUCUCUGUUUUAGGUCAAAAAACGAAACAUUUAAAUAAUACAGAUUAAAUAAAAUAACUCAUACACGGUCAUAUUCUCCGCUGCUGUAACGUUAGCAGUUUUAUUAAAAUGCUACGCAUUUAGCCCUACAUGACCUCUGUUUUUAUAUUGUUCAUCAACAUUGUCUGAAUCAACUAGCGAGCAGACAGAUAUGAAUGCUUGUUCAUAACCAUAUUGAAAAUAAGUAAAUGUUGUUAGCUGAUGCUAACUGUCUAGCUAACAAGCUUGCUGGUGCUAAGUUGAGGUAAAGUCCAAAUAUUUUUAUUCAACCACCUAUAUGUGACCCUGGACCACAAAACCAGUCAGAAGUGUCAAUUUUUCUAAAUUGAGCUUUAUACGUCAUCUGAAAGCUGAAUAAUUAAGCUUUCCAUCGAUAUAUGGUUUGUUAGGAUAGAACAAUAUUUGGCCGAGAUACAACUAUUUCAGUAUGUGGAAUCUGAGGGUGCAGAAAAAUCAAAAUAUUGAGAAAAUCGCCUUUAAAGUUGUCCAAAUUAAGUUCUUUGCAAUGCAUAUUACUAAUCAAAAAUUAAGUUUCGAUAUAUUUACAGUAGGAAAUUUACAAAAUAUCUUAAUGAAACUUGAUCUUUACCUAAUUUCCUAAUGAUUUUUGGCAUAAAAGAAAAAUUUAUAAUUUUGACCCAAACUGUGUAUUUUUGGCUAUUGCUACAAAUAUACCUCAGCAACUGGUUUUGUGGUCCAGGGUCACAUAUAGAUUACAUCUGAGAGAAAAAGAAAAGGAUGUGAUGUUCAGAACAUGGUAACUACAGUAAUUUUCAAAGUGGGAAGUGAUGCCCUCUGGGGGCAUUUGGCCAGGGGUGUUUUUACACCACAGAAGGUUUGAGCGGGAAAAAAUCAUUAUGAAAAUAUAAUUAUAUUUUCCUUAAAUGUUCUUGCUAGCUUCAGGCCUUAUUCUCAUGUCAUAUAUAACUGUGACAUUAUGCAAAACGACAAGCUUUAAAUCUUUUUUCUUACUGGUGAAAAUUAGAUGAUCAAAUCUGUUUUCCCUCAGGUACAUUGCAGUGUAAGUUUCACAGUGAAUAAUACAUCGCUCUCGUCAACAUAUUUUUACUCCAUAUAGUGGUUAUUAUGUGAAAAUCCAACGUAUUUUGAGCAGUAUUAUAGAAGGUUCAAACACUCACUGAUGCUCCAGAAGGAAAAACGAAGCAUUAAGAGCUGAGGGGUGAAAGCUUUUGAACAGAAUGAAGAUAUGCACAUUGUUCUGUUUUUGCUUAAAUAUCAGAUUUUUUUCAUUUAGUACUGCCCUUCAGAAGCUACAGAAGAUACAUACAUGUUUCCGAGAAGACAAAGUAAGUUAAAUUUACCCUGAUCUUCAAAUUCCAAAAGUUUUCACCCCCCCCAACUCUUAAUGCAUCGUUUUUCCUUCAGAAGCAUCAGUGAGUGUUUGACCCUUCUGUAAUAGUUGCAUAUGAGUCCCUCAGUUGUUCUCAUUGUGAAAAGAUGGAUCUCAAAAUCAUACAGUCAUUGUUGGAAAGGGUUCAAAUGCACAGAAAUGCUGAAAAACCACAGAAUUUGUGGGACCUGAAGGAUUUUUUCUGAAGAACAACAGGCAGUGUAACUGUUCAGGACAAACAAGUGACUCAUGAACACUAUCGCUAAACAAAAAAAUACAGCUGUUGGUCAUUCAGGUAAAAACACAGUAUUAAAAAUCAAGCGUAUGUAAACUUUUGAACAGGGUCAUUUUUAUAAAUUUAACUAUUAUUUUCUCUUGUGGACUAAACGUAAACGUCUUUUAUGUGAAAUAUGUUAUUCAGGUCAGUACUAAAUAAAAAAUAACAUGCAUUUUGUAUGAUCCCUCCUAUUUUAGUAUAAUUAUUAACAUUUUGCAGAUUCUGCAAGGUGUUUCUAAACUUCUGACGUAAACUGUAAAA